CGUAGACCGCCUCUCUCGUCCAGUGCUUGGAGGGCGAUAUUUUACACUCUGUUUAUUUACUUGUUCUGUCGUUUUUAAACGUCCAAACAUGCGUUCGUAACUAUGUCGGUGUCUCGGUCCAAAGGCGGCUCAGACGAACCGGGUCUCAGUGACGCCUCAGCGUCUCGUUACGUGACACAGCGCGAGCAAACCUAUAGUAAAGUUUCCCUAUUGUACAGUAGAUGAGAGUGCGUGUGGACUUCAUAAGUCUCUUCUACGCUGUCAGAUCGUCGACAGUUCAGUGUGUCGUGUCGAAGAGCGUGUCUGUCGUCUUUAAAACACUACUUUAUCGGCGUCUCGAGCUAACUUUUGCUCUUUGGACUCCAUUUAAUCCGGGAAAGCUCAUAUCAGCUUUGAGGCGGACGAGUUUACGCCGUUUAGUGGACAUACCUUGUGUCCAAGGAAACGGGAGAGUAAUUUAGAUCAAACAGAUGCUGUUGAGGUGAUUCCUAAACCGUUCCGAAUCCAGCUCUCAUCCGGUGCUCUCUCCAUACAUGUGCCUUGAGCAGCGCAGGUAUCGCAGUGGGUCGCUGUGCUGACGGACUUGGUGACAUUAACAGCUCCUCCUUGGUUAUUUCCAUCAUCUCUGAUGGAUCUCCGGCUCGCCUUAUUGACGCUCGGCACACUACUGAUUCUCGUGACCUCUGGGCCGCGACCAUCCAUUGGACAGAAGGUUUUCAUCAACACGUGGGCCGUCCACAUCGCAGGGGGAGAGCAGGAAGCUGACCGGAUUGCCAAGACACAUGGCUUUGUAAACCAGGGGAAUAUAUUUGGAGAUUAUUAUCACUUUCAGCACCAUGCGGUGGAGAAGAGGUCUUUAUCGGAGCACAGUGAAACACACGAUCGUCUCCAAUCAGAACCACAGGUACUGUGGGCGGAACAGCAGGUGGUGAGGCGAAGGACGAAGAGAGAUAUUUACUACGAGCCAGUCGAUCCGAAGUUUACACAGCAGUGGUACUUGUACAAUGAGGAACAUCGCGACCUCAACGUGAAAGAAGCCUGGAAGCAGGGCUUCACCGGACAAGGCGUCGUCGUGUCCAUUCUGGAUGAUGGGAUUGAGAAAAACCACCCAGACCUGAUUCAGAACUACGAUCCUGACGCUAGUUAUGAUGUAAACGACGGCGACCCAGACCCUCAGCCUCGAUACACCCAACUGAAUGAUAACAGACAUGGGACACGCUGUGCCGGCGAGGUCGCCGCUGUUGCCAACAAUGACAUCUGUGGCGUCGGGGUGGCAUACAAUGCCAAGAUCGGAGGGGUGCGAAUGUUGGAUGGUGAGGUCACAGACGUGGUGGAAGCUCAGUCCCUCAGUCUCAACCCACAGCACAUCGACGUCUACAGCGCCAGCUGGGGACCCGAAGAUGACGGCAAAACGGUGGACGGACCCGCAAAAAUGGCCAAGGAAGCUUUUCUGCGCGGCGUGACAGAGGGCCGCGGUGGACGGGGCUCCAUCUUCGUUUGGGCGUCGGGGAACGGGGGACGGGAGAGGGACAGCUGUAAUUGCGACGGCUACACCAACAGCAUUUACACGCUGUCUAUCAGCAGCAGCACGCAGAACGGCAACGUGCCGUGGUACAGCGAGGCCUGCUCCUCCACGCUCGCCACAACCUACAGCAGCGGAGGACUCAACGAGAAACAGAUUAUCACUACAGACCUCAGGCAGAAGUGCACAGACUCCCACACAGGCACCUCAGCCUCUGCUCCUCUGGCCGCCGGGAUCAUCGCCCUCACACUCGAGGCAAAUAAAAACCUAACAUGGAGAGACAUGCAGCAUCUAGUCGUGAGGACAUCAAACCCCGCCCACCUCUCCACCAACGACUGGAAGACAAAUGGAGUGGGUCGUCGAGUGAGCCAUUCAUAUGGAUAUGGGCUGUUGGACGCAGGGGCCAUAGUCGCUCUAGCAAAGAACUGGACGAAUGUUGGACCGCAGCAGAAGUGUGUCCUGUCCAUGUUGUCUGAGCCCAGGAAUAUUGGGAGUCAUUUGGUGAUCACCAUAACUGUGGACGCCUGCUCUGGCACUCCCAACUUUGUGAGCUCAUUAGAGCACGGCCAAGCCCAGCUCACCCUGUCCUACAACCGCAGAGGAAAUCUGGCCAUCUACCUGAUCAGCCCACAGGGGACCCGAUCCACAUUGCUGGCCCCCCGACCUCACGAUUACUCCUCGGAGGGCUUCAAUGACUGGGCUUUCAUGACCACCCACUCCUGGGACGAGGACCCUCGUGGAGAAUGGAGCCUGGAGAUCGAAAACGUGGUUGGAACCAGCGAUUACGGCACUUUGACUCAGUUCACUCUGGUCCUGUACGGCACUGCUCCCAGUUUGCCCGGCUCUUCCACGCCAGACUCUGGCGAGACAGUUGACAGCAGCUGCAAAACCUACGACCUCGAUCAGAUCUGCACAGAGUGUAACCCCGGCUUCUACCUGUACCGGAAGGGCUGCGUGAGAGACUGUCCACCCGGCUUCACGCCGGGCACCCGCUCCACUCUCCUCCCCAACAACGAGGUGUCGUCCGUCCUCCACCCCGCCUGCCUGCUCUGUCACGAAGUCUGCCUCACCUGCAGUGCCACGGGACCUCAGGACUGCCUCUCCUGCCCCCCUCACAGCCACCUGGACCCGGUCACCAGCACCUGUUUACACCAGAACCAGAUCCAUCGGGAGACUCAGGACAGUCGGACGGGCGGCGACGGCUCGUUCGGGACCUUCCAUCCCAAACUCGCCUCUCACCUGCCCGCCGCCGUGGCGGUGCUCAGCUGUGCCUUCAUCAUGGCCACGUUCGUGGUCGUGUUCGGCCUACUCCAGUUUCGCAGCCGCAAACAGAACAAACAGAACUCUGCGGAGGCGGGGCCGGGCUCCGGAUUACUGGUGGGGUUGGGAUUGAACCGAACCGCCGUCGCAUAUAAGGGCAUCCCCAGCGUUUGGCGGGAGGACGACGUGAUUUCUGAGUCUGAGAACGAGGAGUUUGAUAUCCACAACGAGAGGACAGCCUUCAUCAAAACACAAAGUGCUCUUUAACCCUUUCUUCACCACGUCCCUCCCUCGUCUGCGCUGUUGUCUCUUUUUGUAGCCACCGGUGUGUUUCUCUUCUGGGGCUUGUCUGACUUCCUGUUUCUCUCUCGAGGGUUUUUUCGUGUUUUUCUCACCUCUCUUAGUUUUGAGCCACGAUUCACGUCGAUUGAUGCGGUGCCUCUUUGUGGAAAGCUUCCAAUCCCAACGAGGAGGAGAUGUUUGUCGGGAUGUCUUAAAACAAUAAACACGUGAUUAUGGUUUGGGCCUCUUCCUUUUCAUGUUCUAAACUCGAUUUAAAAAUGAAGAAGAGGGUUUUUUAUAGAGCGAGUGCAACUGUUUAUAUAAAGUCAGACCGCGUGGCAGCGAUUUAACGCCACUGGCUUUGCAGGGAGCCUUUUAGAAGAACAUAUCACUAUUUGUCCAUGGUCAGGAUCUGAAGACGAGGACGUGUCGUGCGUUACACACACUCCGUUGUAGAGCUCGCUGCUCCCCCUAGAGCUUUUACAUGGCUAUAUAUGUGUGGGACGUUUAGUUCACCCAAUAAUAAAUCUUUUGUAAUUUACUCACCCUGAUGAUGUUAGGAACCCGUACGACCUUUCUGUGAACACAAAAAUAUGAAAGAUAUUUCAGUGGUUUGGAGCAUAUGAUGGUUUAAAUUUGCUCUAUAUCACACAGAGCUGUGUUGCUUUAAAAAAAAAAACGUGGAUGUUUGUUAUGGACUAGACUCGAGAUGUUAAACGAUUAAGCGUGAUUAAUGGCAUCCAGAAUUAGAGUAAAUGUUUACGUAAUAUUUGUCUGUGUACAGUACAUAUUUAUUUUGAAUUGAUAAACACAUACAUGUAUAUAUUUAAGAGAAAUAUAAAAAUCAUGUUUAUAUAUCAUUUACAUACGAUGGGUUUAUUUCCAAAAUGAGAUUUUUCAAAAAUCAUGUUUUUUAUUGUGCAUUCCAAUUAAUAUCAAUCAAACCGCAGUUGGUUUGUUUUGAUCUAAGCCAUAAUAACUCCAACAAUACAGCGAACUAACAAAAUACAAACAUGAUAGCAUAAUAAAUAACAUGACUUUUGAAAAAAAUGUCUUAUUUUGUAAACAAACUAUUCAUAUAUACAUCCAAUUAUUUCCUAAAUAUAUAUAUUUGUAUGUGUUUGUGUUUCUAAAUACAAAAUAAAUAUGCACAGUACACAGAAAUAUAUUAUGCAAACACAAACGUUUAUUCUGGAUGCGGUUAAUCGUUGAACAGCCCCGUUUUGGACACAAACGGCUUCGAUCACCAUUUGUAUUCAUUGUGUGAAACCGACUAUCAUGAUCGUUGCUUAAAAUUUCUUUUGGGUUUCAUGAAAGAAAGUUUAUCAUGUGGAUUUGAAAUGUUACGAGGAUGAGUAAAUGAUGACAGAUUUUAUUCGGGUACUAUGUUUCUUUAAAACUCCUGUAACCCUCCGCUACAGUCACGACGGUAAAACACUAGACAAGAUUCCUUCCAGAGGACAUGACAUCCUUUUUGUGACGUCAGGCGUCCUCAGCAUUCCGCCGUCAUCAUAUGCUGGGUUAGCAUUAUCUGCAUCUCAAAAAUAUUCUUGUUGCUGCACAAAGCGUCAUCUUAUAGAGAAAGACCGUACUGUGGCCAGUUAUAAAACGCUCACAAACUAUUUACGCCCUCUGCGGCCUUGUAAAACUUGUAGUCGUACCGGACUGUAGUUCAUUUCAGGAAGCCAAACACUCUUAUCACAGUCGAUGCAUCAGUGCAAUUGAUCUUGAUUUCAAAACGCAUCCUGUUUAUCAUCGCCCUCCCCCACCCCUUUUUUCUUACACCUCGAGGGUGUUAAAUAUCUCAAGACUUCACAGUGGUGUUGUUUUGUGGAUUUGGUUUCCUCCUGCUACAUCAGUUGCCCUCUUGCAAAUCAAUUGUUUAGCUCCAUAGUAAUAUUAAAACAUAUAUGACGCCCCCUUCAGUGCUGAUUGGGUAUUACAGCAGUGCUUUUAAAAGCCUCAACAAGACAUGACCAAAGACCAGAGGAUAAAAAUCUGCUUUACCUAAAGUAAUAACAUAUGUGAAAAAUACAAUUAAUGUGAAUUUUUUUGUUAAUUUGACUCAGAAAUGUGUGUGAAGGGGCUGUUGUAACCCUGACAUCUCUUGUAUUGCGGUCACAACGCCUGGGUGUGACGGGAAAAGAUUUUACACCAGCCAAACUCAGUCUGGCUUCACCUUUAUGUUGCAAUGAUUUUGGUUGCAUAAGCUUAAACGUCUUUGUGUUCAUGCUCAAGCCUUGUUCACACUAAACCUUCAGGAGUCAUAGGAUGUUACUUCCACCUGUACAAGAGUCAACUGAUGCAUGUAGAGCCCUGAGUUAAAGACACCAAUCAUUUGUAUGACUACCUGAGAUGGGACAGCUAUAUAAGAAUAAGGCCUAUUUUUGUACUAUAUAUGGUGCAUUGUCAUUUACAUGUAGCCUAAUUUAAAGAUUAUUUUGCUCUUUGUUUCUUCUUAUUUAAUUGAUGUCAAUAUGCGAAUUAUAGAUUAUACAAAAAAAUAAAGAUCUAUGCAAACCUC